GUAGAAGUUCUCGAUUUCUACGCGAAGCAUUUACAAGAUAUUUUGUACAAUUUGUCUCUCUCGAGAAUGAAUACUGCUCUACAACUUUGGGAUGGUGAACUGUCUGUUAUCACAACUCCCCCACCUCGAGUCGCAUCGCCUCUAGAGAUUGUAAUAAAAGUUGCUUUUACAGGAGUUAGUGCUUUAGAUUUACUGGUUUUGUCUGGUAAAUUUCCUUGUCCGAAAUCUCUUAUUCUUGGCCACGAAUUUUCUGGUGUUGUGACGGAAAUUGGUAGUGAAGUGAAGCGCUGUUCUGUUGGAGAAAGAGUUGUAGUCAAUCCACACUCAAAGUCUGACAGUUUCAAAGCUCAAGCACAUCUCUGCUUUACCAAUGAAAUUUCAAAAUCAAUUGGCCUUGGAUGCAAUGGUGGCUGGGCACACUAUUGUCGGGUACCAGCUGCUUUAGCUCAUCCAAUUCCAACCCAAAUUACUUUAGAAGUUGCUGCCUUGGCUGAGCCAAUAUCUUGUAUCCUGCAUGCAUUGGAUUGCAUUGGUAACGUAUACACUGAUGCAGACAUACUUAUUUGUGGAACAGGAAUAAUUGGUUUACUGUUUGCAAGUAUUUUUCAUUAUCGAGGUUAUCGUAGAGUGACCCUUACUGAGAUAUCAGAGCAACGUAGGGCUUUAGCUUCAGGUUUGAAACUUGGUUUCAACAUUGUACAUCCCGACAGUUUAGAAGUUUUGUACAAGCGUAGUAUUAUAAAAAAUACUAGUACAUGGGGAUUUGAUUUGAUUAUUGAUUGCACUGGUAUGGAUGCUGCUAUUGAGCAAUCUUUCAAAUGGCUUCGCUUUGGAGCAACUUUCUGCAUUUUUGGCAUUUGUUUACAAGAAUCGGAAGUAAAAAUCAGCCCCUAUGAUAUUUUGAUGAAAGAAAUCAAAGUUGUUGGUUCAAUUCUGAAUUCUCUCACAUUUCCAAGAUCCAUCCAACUUAUAGAAGAUAUGGGCAAGGAUUACUUAAGUUAUGAGAAAUUAGGUAUCAAGGUUUAUAAACUUCAGGACUAUGCUGAAGCAUUUUCUUCUUUGAAGAGUGGAAAAAUUGCUAAAGCUAUGUUUGCUAUAUAAAACUCUCCUCAAUGAUAAGAAGUUACAAGUAUUAAAGUAAAUUUGACUGGAAGCAUUAUUUUUUUUGAUUACAGCUUUAUGUCCAUCAUGUAAUAAUCACAUCUUUCGUCUAGAAGUUUCUUAUGGAGAAAUGCUUUGAUAUAUGAAAAAUUGUUAUGAACAACUAAAUACAGUCAUGUAGUUAAAAUUAUUGAAUAUGCAUCUUAGCAUGCUAUCAAGCACAAUACAUGGAAUUUAUCUGCAUAAUAGGUCAUCUUAAUCAAAUUUAAAUAUAUUUCUACAAAAAACUUUAAA